CGUGAGCCUUAAAUCGCUUCACACGUUUUUGAUCAAAAUGAAUCAAACAAUUUCAAAAAAACGCAAGUUCGUAGCCGCUGGAGUCUUCAAGGCUGAAUUGAACGAAUUCCUUACUCGUGAACUUGCUGAAGAUGGAUAUUCAGGUGUUGAAGUACGUGUAACACCAUCACGUACCGAAAUCAUCAUUAUGGCUACUAGAACACAAAAUGUUUUGGGAGAAAAAGGUCGUCGUAUCCGUGAAUUAACAGCCGUCGUACAGAAAAGAUUCAGCUUCCCACAAGGAGCCGUUGAACUUUAUGCUGAAAAAGUAGCAACCAGAGGACUUUGCGCAAUUGCCCAAGCAGAAUCACUCCGUUACAAACUUAUUGGAGGUUUGGCAGUUCGUCGUGCAUGUUAUGGUGUCUUGAGAUUCAUUAUGGAAUCAGGAGCUAAGGGAUGUGAAGUCGUUGUCUCUGGAAAACUUAGAGGUCAGCGUGCAAAAUCAAUGAAAUUCGUUGAUGGAUUGAUGAUUCAUUCAGGAGAUCCAUGCAAUGAUUACGUCGACACAGCCACAAGACACGUACUCUUGAGACAAGGAGUUUUGGGAAUUAAAGUUAAGAUUAUGCUUCCAUGGGAUCCAUCAGGCAAAAUCGGUCCAAAACGUCCAUUACCAGACAAUGUAUCUGUUGUUGAGCCUAAGGAUGAAAUUACAUAUUUGAAACCCGACACAGAAUACAAAGCAAAACCAUUGUACAUGGCUGGUGCUGAAGAACCACAUAUUGAUGUCGCCAAGUAAAUCCGUUUGUGAAUGAAUGAGGAGCACUGAUAAACAUCUGAAAUAUUUCAAGUGCUGUAAAUUAAAUAAGAAAAGAUCGUCAAAUAAAAAUGAAGUAAAUCUAUUCC